AACUGCAUAGUUUCCUAGGAACGCGAAGCUGUCUUGACAGAUUAUAGACUGUCUGAAUGGAGGAGUAGGUAAAGACAUGACAGAUUAUAGACUGUCUGAAUGGAGGAGUAGGUAAAGACAUGACAGAUUAUAGACUGUCUGAAUGGAGGAGUAGGUAAAGACAUGACAGAUUAUAGACUGUCUGAAUGGAGGAGUAGGUAAAGACAUGACAGAUUAUAGACUGUCUGAAUGGAGGAGUAGGUAAAGACAUGACAGAUUAUAGACUGUCUGAAUGGAGGAGUAGGUAAAGACAUGACAGAUUAUAGACUGUCUGAAUGGAGGAGUAGGUAAAGACAUGACAGAUUAUAGACUGUCUGAAUGGAGGAGUAGGUAAAGACAUGACAGAUUAUAGACGGUCUUGGUUCGUCAGUAACUGUCUGAAUGGAGGAGUAGGAAGUGGACUGAGGAUAUUCUGAUGAUUGUUUGACUUAAUUGCUGUUCUUGACUCUGUAGCAGUUGACUUUCCUAACUCUGUAGAGGCCAAAGUCUUUGGUUUAACUCCCUCUCUAGGGUUAAUGUUUACAGAACAUGCAUUGCUGUUUUAUCAGGGUACAAAGGUCUGCCUACCUCACACAGGAUACCAGCCUUCAGUUAGACAUGUUCUCUGCUUGUGCUGGUUGAUACUAACAAUGCUCAGAAAUAUUGACUGUUCUGUUAGUUCAUAUUGUAGCUGAGUGAGCUGUGACUUACAUCUAAAAUGAGUCUCUCUGGGGAGAGAGAGGAGGAGACCACUGCCUCUAAAAUGACUCAAGACACCAGUUCUGAGAGUGUCCAGAAGCCCAGAGUAGAGUCACCUACAACCAGCCUGCUAUCAAUGAAGAGUGAUCAGCCACCUGCUUUCAGCCAGGAACCAUUACCAGAUGACAAUAAGGAAGUGGAGAGUUUGGACAGUGAGGAUGUAUUAAAGAUCACACACAACCUUCUGGACAGAAGAAGUCAAACUCUGCUGACAGUCCAACAAGACAUUAAGGCUAAACUGAAACACCGGUAUCAACACAUAUCUGAAGGAAUUGGACACCAUGGAAACCAAAGUCUGUUCAAGGACAUCUACACAGAGCUCUACAUCACAGAGGGUGGAAGUGGAGGGCUCAAUAAUGAACAUGAGGUUAGACAGAUAGAGAUGGCAUCCAAAAAACAAACCACACAAGAGACAUCAAUCAAAUGCAACGACAUCUUCAAGACGUUACCUGUACAAGACAAACCUAUCAGAACUGUGCUGACCAAAGGAAUCGCAGGCAUUGGAAAAACAGUCUCUGUGCAGAAGGUCAUCCUUGACUGGGCAGAGGGAAAAGCAAAUCAGGACGUUCUUUUCAUGUUUCCUCUUCCUUUCCGUGAUCUGAACCUGAAAAAGGACCAAUACAGUCUGAUGCAACUUCUUUCCCACUACUUCCCAGAGCUGAAAGAGAUUGACAGCAUUGAAGAUGGUGAAACCAAAACUGUUUUCAUUUUUGAUGGUCUGGAUGAGUGUCGACUUCCUCUAGACUUCAAAAACAAUGAGAAGUGCUGUGAUGUCACGAAGCCAACCUCAGUGGACGUGCUGCUGACAAACCUCAUCAAGGGGAAUCUGCUUCCCUCUGCUCUCCUCUGGAUAACCACACGGCCUGCAGCAGCCAAUCAGAUCUCUCCUGAGUGUGUUGACCAGGUGACAGAGGUACGAGGGUUCAAUGAUCCACAGAAGGAGGUGUACUUCAGGAAGAAAAUCACAGAUCAGAAUCUGGCCAAUGAAAUCAUCAAACACAUGAAGACAUCAAGGAGCCUCCACAUCAUGUGCCACAUACCAGUCUUCUGUUGGAUAUCAGCCACUGUCCUUGAGAUGAUACUGAACAAGGCAGAGAAGGAUGAAGUUCCCAAAACUCUGACCCAGAUGUACUCACACUUCAUACUCAUCCAAAUCAUUGUGAAGAACAGGAAGUACAACAAAGUCACAGAGACAAACCCAAAGGAACUGUCUCAGUCAGACAAAGAGAUGAUCCUGAAACUGGCCAAGCUGGCUUUCCAACAGCUGCAGAAGGGCAACCUGAUCUUCUAUGAGGAGGACCUGAGAGAGUGUGGCCUUGACGUCACAGAGGCAUCAGAGUACUCAGCAUUGUGUACAGAGAUCUUUAAAGAAGAAUCUGGGCUGUACCAAGACAAGGUCUACAGCUUUGUGCAUCUGAGCAUGCAGGAGUUUCUAGCAGCAGUGCAUGCAUUAGAAUCAUGUCUGGGCAAGAAGGAAAAUGUUUUCUCCCCCAAAGCAGUUACUGGUGUUGAUGAUGAGGAGGAGGAGGAGAAUGAUGAGGAGGAGGAGAAGGAGGGGGAUGAGGAGGAGGAGGAGGAGAAGGAGGAAGAUGAGGAGGAGAAUGAUGAGGAGGAGAAGGAGGAGAAUGAUGAGGAGGAGGAGAAGGAGGAAGAUGAGGAGGAGAAUGAUGAGAAGGAGGAAGAUGAGGAGAAGAAUUAUGAGGAGGAGAUGGAUGACGACAACAACGACGAUGACGAUGAGGAAGAUGAUGACAAUGAUGAAGAGAAGGAGUCUUUCAAAUUGUCUGACUUACACAGGAGAGCAGUGGACCAGGCCUUGAAGAGUGAGAAUGGACACCUGGACCUGUUCCUCCGCUUCCUUCUGGGUCUCUCACUGGAGUCCAAUCAGAAUCUGUUACGAGGCCUUCUGACACAGACAGGAAGUACAACACAGACCAAUGAGAAAAGAGUUAAGAGAACAGUCAGGUACCUUUCAGACAAGAUCGACGAAGAAUCCUCACCAGAAAGGAUCAUCAACUUGUUCCACUGUCUGAAUGAACUUGGUUCCAACUCUCUAGCUGAAGACAUGCAGACCUACCUGCGAUCAGGAACUCUUUCAGAAACAAUACUAGAACCUGACCAAUGUUCAGCCGUGGCCUACCUGUUACUGAUGUCAGAGGAGGUGCUGGAGGAGUUUGACCUGAAGACAUACAACACAUCAGAGAAAGGUUAUCAAAGGUUGCUGCCGGUAGUGAAAACCUGCAAGAGAGCACUACUGGAUGGCUGUAAAGUCACAUAUAAAUCCUGUGCGAGUCUAACCUCAGCUCUGCAGACACCAAACUCCCCCCUGAGAGAACUAGACCUCAGCAACAAUGACCUGGGAGACAGAGGAGUGGAGCUGCUCUGUUUUGGACUAACCAGUCCACUCUGCAACAUACAGACACUAGUUCUUGGUCACUGUGGUCUGACAGAGGGUUGCUGUUCAGAUCUGGUCUCAGUCCUGAGUUCACCCAACUCACAACUGAAGCAACUGGAGCUGAGAGACAAUGACCUGCAGGACUCAGGAGUUACACUGCUGUCUGCUGGACUGGUGGAUCCAGACUGUAAACUACACACACUGGGGUUGUCUGGCUGUCUGGUCACAGAGGAGGGCUGUGCUGCUCUGUCUUCAGCUCUGAGGUCAAACCCCUCCCACCUGAAAGAGCUGGACCUGAGCUACAAUCACCCAGGAGACUCUGCAGGGGGACUGCUUUCAGCUGCUCUGGUGGAUCCCACAUAUAAACGGAUGAAGCUGAAUGUGGAUCAUGGUGGAGAGUGCAGGCUGAAAUCAGGGCUGAGAAAAUAUGCCCGUCAUCUCACCCUGGACCCAAAUACAGCACACCCACACCUGAUACUGUCUGAGGGGAACAGGAAGGUGACACGGGUGGUGGAGGACCAGCAUUAUGAAGACCAUCCAGACAGAUUUGACUGUCAUCCCCAAGUUCUCUGCAGAGAAGGCUUAUCUGGAGGUCGUUAUUACUGGGAGGUGGAGAGGGAUGGUGGCGUGGCUGUCAUUGGUGUGGUGUACAAAGGAAAGAAGAGGAAGAGAGAUGAAGAUGACAGUAGGAUUGGACACAAUAGGGAGUCCUGGAGUUUAGUCUGUUCCCAUAGAGGUUAUCAAUUUUACCAUGAUGGAUUCAACAGAAUCAUCCCUGGUCCUGUUUCUAACAGAGUUGGAGUGUAUCUGGACUGGCCAACUGGUACUUUGUCCUUCUAUAGUGUGUCCUCCUCUUGUACACUGACACACCUUUACACAGAACACACCACAUUCACUGAACCCCUCUAUCCUGGGUUUGGCGUUUCCUCCUCCUCAGUGACCUCAGUGACCCUGCGUCAGAUAGAUGACCAACACAUUCAAAGAAAUAGAACUACAGACCAUGGCGGAGAGAGUUGUAUCAAGCCUGGACCUGAGGACACCAGAGACCAUGGUGGAGAGAGUUGUAUCAAGCCUGGACCUGAGGACACCAGAGACCAUGGUGGAGAGAGUUGUAUCAAGCCUGGACCUGAGGACACCAGAGACCAUGGUGGAGAGAGUUGUAUCAAGCCUGGACCUGAGAACACCAGAGACCAUGGUGGAGAGAGUUGUAUCAAGCCUGGACCUGAGAACACCAGAGACCAUGGUGGAGAGAGUUGGACCAAGCCUGGACCUGAGAACACCAGAGACCAUGGUGGAGAGAGUUGGAUCAAGCCUGGACCUGAGAACACCAGAGACCAUGGAGGAGAGAGUUGGAUCAAGCCUGGACCUGAGAACACCAGAGACCAUGGAGGAGAGAGUUGGAUCAAGCCUGGACCUGAGGACACCAGAGACCAUGGUGGAGAGAGUUGGACCAAGCCUGGACCUGAGGACACCAGAGACCAUGGUGGAGAGAGUUGGAUCAAGCCUGGACCUGAGAACACCAGAGACCAUGGUGGAGAGAGUUGGAUCAAGCCUGGACCUGAGGACACCAGAGACCAUGGUGGAGAGAGUUGGAUCAAGCCUGGACCUGAGGACACCAGAGACCAUGGUGGAGAGAGUUGUAUCAAGCCUGGACCUGAGAACACCAGAGACCAUGGUGGAGAGAGUUGGAUCAAGCCUGGACCUGAGGACACCAGAGACCAUGGUGGAGAGAGUUGGAUCAAGCCUGGACCUGAGAAAGGGAUUCCUCAGAGCUGUAAGACUUGUGACCAUGUUGAGGACUCCACACACUGGCUUCAGAUUGAACCCUUGACUUCCACUGUCCAGGGAGUGACAAUGUUCAGGCACAGGACACCUAAAGGGAGUUAUGAGUGCACAGUGUCUGGGGUCCGCUGGCUGUGUGAGAGAGAUGUCAUUCUGAAGUAUCACUUCAGGAACUGGGAACCCUACAGUCAACUUCUGAAAGACAUGCAGUACACACAAGGUGGUCCAUUGCUGGACUUCACUAAGAAGUUAGGUGAACUGGAGGAAGUUCAUCUGCCACACUUUGUCUGUUUAGGGACCAACCCUUCCCUGAGGAAUGAGAUGAAGAUUCUUCAUGUAGAGGAACAUGGAGUGUCUUUAGAGGAAGUGCAUGAGGUCACCAGAUUCCAUGUUAAGAUUCUCCAUCCCAAGUUCUCACCUCUCUCUGUUAUACUGAGCUAUAUAUUUUCAUGGAACGUAGAUGUCCACUGUGAGCUGAUGCUCUAUCUGACAGUGAAAAGGGAAACAUUAAUUUCUCGCCUGUACCUGUUCCCCUGGAACCCCGGCCAAAUACAGGCUGUGGAACAACAGGAAAGGUCUCAAGGGUCUUCAAGGAUUCUCAUCUCCAGACCAGAGCAGUCCUUCAAACUGAAGAGUUCCUUCAGACUGAACAUUCCCUGUUCUACCUCCAUCAAUCCACAGAAGAUUCAUCUCAUACAAAGAGACACCACACCAAGCUUUUUCAGGGCGGUUGUGAAAAUGACAGGGAUUGACAUUGAGAUGGAGUUAUUCAGUGAUGAUGAGAGGACAGUAUGGAAAGAAAAAGUAUCACGAGAUGAAUACAUCUCUGACACCCGUUCAACUAGUGCUGUGUCGGGGGCAGGAGGUCCGGCUGAGAGCAGUCUGACUGGUUCUGCAGAGCAGCAGCUGCGUUCUGUACGGACAGAGUUUGUGAAACGAGUAUCAGGACCUGUCCUGAAUGAACUGCUGGACGGACUCCUGCAACACACAGUCAUCAACCAGGAGGAAAUGGAGUCAGUGAAGGGGAUCGCUGAGAGGGCAGAGAAGGCACGUGACAUCAUCGACAUGGUGUUGAGAAAAGGAACUGAGUCGUGUUCCAGGAUGAUCAACCUUCUUGGGGAGCUGGACCACUGUCUUUGUUCACAGCUUCAGAUCAUCAGUGUUGGGGUACAAACCUAAUGGUAGAAUGGAUAGCAACAGUGUUGGGGUGCCAACCUAAUGGUAGAAUGGAUAGUAACAGUGUUGGGGUACCAACCUAAUGGUAGAAUGGAUAGUAACAGUGUUGGGGUACCAACCUAAUGGUAGAAUGGAUAGUAACAGUGUUGGGGUACCAACCUAAUGGUAGAAUGGAUAGUAACAGUGUUGGGGUACCAACCUAAUGGUAGAAUGGAUAUUAACAGUGUUGGGGUACCAACCUAAUGGUAGAAUGGAUUUGACAUAUUCCUAUAUCUCCAUGGUAACCCCCUGAGCAUGACCCUCGACCUUUACUGAUCAGCCAAAGCUGUCCCAAAUGGCAUCCUAUUCCCUAUACAGAGCCCUAUGGGCCCUGGUCUAAAGUAGUGCACUACAUAGGGAAUAGGGCCCUGGUCUAAAGUAGUGCACUAUAUAGGGAAUAGGGCUCUGGUCUAAAGUAGUGCACUAUAUAGGGAAUAGGGCCCUGGUCUAAAGUAGUGCACUAUAUCGGGAAUAGGGCCCUGGUCUAAAGUAGUGCACGACAUAGGGAAUAGAGUACCAUUUGGGACAGACAGAGACUCAAGACUGAGUGUUUAACAGUAAAAAAGAGAUUGAGAAAUGACAACAGAGAAGGUGGUUAAAAGUAGGGAGAGCCCUGAUGGAGGGUUCUUUUGAUUGGUACUGUAUGUCUUGUGAAUAUGAAUUAUAUACAGUCCCAGUCAAACGUUAGUCAUUUAGUUGGUCAGUUUCUUUCUUUUUUUGGGUAUUUUCUACAUUGUAGAAUACUAGCGAAGACAUAAAAACUAUGAAAUUACACAUAUGGAAUCAUGUAGUAACCGAAAAAGUGUUAAACAAAUCAAAAUGGGCCCUGGUCUAUAUUUUAGAUUCUUCAAAGUAGCCACUUUGCCUUGAUGACAUCUUGUCUUCUGAUUAUCUUGAUCUCUGGCUCCCUCUUGAGUCAUUUGUGUGUCUUAAUUAUUUUUUUCUAAACAGUGCGCUUAAAGCAUCAGACAAGCUCAGUGCAUAGACCUAUAGUUGAUUUAAUUUAAACACAGACACACCCUAUGUGGAAAAAUCUGGUACAUUUACAGAAGUGUUUAUUGAUGUGCAGAAUCCCUGUCAAAUACAUGUAAAUUAAAAUAAAUGUGUUCUGUCUG